UUCUGUCGUUUCUUCUCCUUAUAUCGCAUACCGCAGACUCCAAAAUUCACCAUCUUACCAUCUUAACGCAAAAGUAUAUAAUACCUACAUUAUACAGUGCAUAAUAAUCGGAGUCAAAAGAGAAAAACGUGCUAGUGGUAUUAUAUUUAUCAGGGUCUGAACUUCAAGUCAACUGUAACUUGGAUGUGUUGGCCGUCCAGUUCAGUCAAGUCGUCGUCGUCGUCGUCGUCGUUAUCACUAGACAGAGCUAGCGAUAUUUACUGACUUACACUUACGUCGUGAAUAGAGAUUUUUAAUUAACAGCAGAGAUAGUAAAUCAGGCAUCACCGUUGAAGCAAGUGUAUACUAUAUAUAGUACACUAGCCUGUUGUAUAGAUAUUAUAUAGAGAGCAGACAAGAUAGUUAGUGCGUGCGUGGUCCCCGUCCGGUCGGCGGUUGUGCAAAUGGCGAUAAGUGCGCGGAAUUCUUGUAGUUAAUGUAGUUACACAUAAGCACAGUGAAUCGCCAUCCAAACAGUAGAUCAGCAAAAAAACCAUAUUGGCUUUCGUUCGCAUAAAAGGGUUUCGCUGCAUUGCGGGCUAUACCCGAACAAGUCGAGGACUCCGAAAGUGUGGGCGUGUGCGCCCGAACCAGCCCUGCAGCUAGGCCCUGUCAAAGAGGAUCAGUGUGUAUGUGUUAGUGUGCACUCCCAGAUAAACUUCCUGGUCGUGGUCUGGUCCUGUAGCUGUACUAGGAGUUGCAAUCUCCUUGAAGACGUCUUCUCGUCACUAGUUAUUCGUAGUGUGUAGUCAAGUUGAAAAGAAAUAAAGAUGCCUGCUGUUAGAGGAGAUGGCAUGCGUGGUCUUGCUGUGUUCAUUUCAGACAUAAGGAAUUGUAAAAGCAAAGAGGCAGAGAUAAAAAGGAUAAAUAAAGAGCUAGCAAACAUCAGGAGUAAAUUCAAAGGAGAUAAAACCCUUGAUGGCUAUCAAAAGAAAAAAUACGUAUGCAAGCUGCUAUUUAUCUUUUUGCUUGGCCAUGACAUUGAUUUCGGACAUAUGGAGGCGGUGAAUCUGCUUUCAUCCAACAAGUAUUCAGAGAAACAGAUUGGAUAUCUUUUCAUAUCAGUCUUAGUUAAUACAAAUAGUGAUUUAAUUAAGUUAAUCAUCCAGAGUAUAAAAAAUGACCUUAGUUCUCGUAAUCCAAUUCAUGUUAAUUUAGCUUUACAAUGCAUUGCAAAUAUUGGAAGCAAAGAUAUGGCCGAGGCCUUUGGAAAGGAGAUCCCAAAACUUCUUGUAUCAGGAGAUACCAUGGACGUCGUAAAACAAAGUGCCGCCCUGUGCCUUUUACGACUUUUGCGAACCGCACCAGAAGUAAUAACAGACGGCGAAUGGACUUCCCGUAUUAUUCAUUUACUAAAUGAUCAGCACUUGGGAGUUGUUACCGCGGCAGCAUCUCUAAUUGAUGCUCUUGUAAAAAGAAAUCCCGAUGAAUACAAGGGGUGCGUGAGUCUUGCUGUUUCCCGUCUGAGUAGGAUCGUUACAUCAAGUUAUACAGAUCUUCAAGAUUACACAUAUUACUUUGUCCCUGCACCCUGGCUGUCUGUUAAAUUGUUAAGACUCUUGCAAAACUAUACUCCUCCAGCCGAAGAUCCCGGCGUACGAGGAAGACUAAAUGAAUGUCUCGAGACGAUACUGAACAAAACUCAGGAGCCACCAAAGUCAAAGAAAGUCCAGCAUUCCAACGCUAAAAAUGCCGUUCUUUUCGAAGCUAUCAGCUUGAUCAUCCACAACGACAGCGAGCCAAACUUGCUUGUACGUGCUUGCAACCAACUUGGCCAAUUCCUCUCGAAUCGCGAAACGAACUUACGUUAUUUAGCGCUCGAGUCAAUGUGCCAUCUAGCCACAUCCGAGUUCUCCCACGAGGCUGUCAAAAAGCACCAAGAGGUCGUUAUUCUAUCGAUGAAAAUGGAGAAGGAUGUAUCAGUGAGGCAGCAAGCAGUCGAUCUUCUGUACGCCAUGUGUGACAAGAGCAACGCCGAAGAGAUUGUUCAGGAGAUGCUGAAUUACCUCGAGACUGCAGAUUACUCGAUCAGGGAAGAGAUGGUGCUCAAAGUCGCUAUAUUAGCUGAGAAAUAUGCCACGGAUUACACUUGGUACGUCGAUGUUAUUCUGAAUCUCAUCAGGAUAGCUGGUGAUUAUGUGUCAGAGGAGGUCUGGUAUCGUGUCAUUCAGAUCGUCAUUAAUAGAGAUGACGUACAAGGUUACGCGGCAAAGACGGUCUUUGAGGCAUUACAAGCUCCGGCUUGUCACGAAAAUAUGGUAAAAGUUGGCGGCUAUAUUCUCGGAGAAUUCGGUAACUUGAUUGCCGGUGAUCAACGUUCAUCGCCUUCGGUGCAGUUCCAACUAUUACAUUCCAAAUAUCACUUGUGUUCUCCCAUGACUCGAGCAUUACUCUUGUCGACUUAUAUUAAAUUCGUCAACCUAUUCCCCGAGAUCAAAGGUCAAAUUCAGGAUGUGUUUAAGCAAGACAGCAAUUUACGCAGUGCCGACGCCGAACUUCAACAGCGAGCCUCCGAGUAUCUACAACUGAGCAUCAUUGCAUCCUCUGACGUUCUCGCAACUGUCCUUGAAGAAAUGCCAGCUUUCCCGGAACGAGAGUCUUCGAUUCUGGCGGUAUUGAAAAAAAAGAAACCAGGUCGCGUGCCCGAGAACGAAAUUCGAGAAAGCAAGAGUCCAGCACCCAACACCAAUCAUCACGGCGAGACGACAGUGUCUGUUGCAUCUAUUUCUGUCAACAAUACGUCUGCAGACUUACUGGGUCUCUCGACCCCACCAUCAUCUCAACCAUCGAGCAACUCGGGCGUGCUGUUUGACGUUUUGGGAGAUUAUUACAACCAACCGAACAAGGCGGCAACUAACGGGACUCAGGCUACCUACAAUGCUAAAAAGUUCGUUUGCAAAAACAAUGGAGUACUCUUCGAAAAUGAUCUUAUCCAAAUCGGAGUGAAGUCGGAAUUCAGGCAAAAUCUCGGCCGUAUUGGGCUGUUCUAUGGAAACAAGACGCAACAAGCCCUUCACAAUUUCCAACCGCAGUUGUCGUGGUCGGACGAAAAUCAAAUAAAAUUAGCCGUACAAGUCAAGCCUGUGGAUUCGGUGUUAGAGGCUGGUGCUCAAAUUCAACAAUUGAUCAAUGCGGAAUGUAUUGAUGACUUCACUGAUGCUCCUAGUGUGAUAAUUUCUUUCCUCUAUAAUAAUUUACCACAAAAAAUAACGAUGAAGUUACCUUUAACGAUAAAUAAGUUCUUUGAACCUACGGAAAUGAAUGGUGAGUCAUUCUUCGCUAGGUGGAAAAAUCUAGGAGGAAUCAACCAGCAACGAUCACAGAAAAUAUUUAAAGCGACGACACCAAUGGACUUGGCGCAGGUUCGCACAAAAUUACAAGGCUUUGGCAUGCAAUUGUUAGACGGCAUCGAUCCUAACCCAGAUAACUUUGUUUGCGCUGGCAUCGUACACAUGAGGGCACAACAAAUCGGUUGUCUGUUACGUCUGGAACCCAACAAGCAAGCUCAGAUGUACCGGCUUACAGUUAGAUCAAGUAAGGAAUCUAUCUCGGUAGAGGUCUGUGACCUACUGGUGGACCAAUUUUAAUCAACCAAGCAAGACGCCAUCUGUCAGCUCAAACUUAUUUUUUACAUAAUGCAAAACAACCUUCGCAUACUUAGCCGAAGUUUAAUUAGCUGAAGCAGAGCGUUUAUAAGUAUAUAUCCUAGAGAGGUUCUUAUUAAUCGAAGAUAUUACAUAUUGUCCCUCAAGCUUUCAGCCCACGUUGCACUACGUAAAAAAAGGGAGAGCCUUCUCAUGUACGUAGGUUAUUUAAUUAUAUUUUAAAGGAAAAAAAAAAAAAUUUGUUACCGCGUAGGAAAAAGUUUAAGAAGACAGCGCUUCGUGUCGAAGAUGAGAUUAGCUUGCAAUAUGACGAGCAAGUAUGGUCGACCUUCCUCAGACAGUGGACAGUAUUAGGUCCGAUUAUAAGCACGCAAGACGUAGCGCCAAUGAGGUCAGUUAGUAGUUAAUUUAUUUAAUACGCCUUACCUCAUUUUUUUUACCUACUUUAUUUGCGAUUCAUCACUAAGGAACAAAUUAUAGUAAGACUUUAUUAAUUAAAAGCCGUAAAUUAUGAAAGGUAUACGCUGUAUUGGAUUGUUACGUCAUUGAAAUCAAAUUGGCAAGUGCGAUUUUUUUUACUUCCAUAUUUAAAAACUACGAAAGAAAUGAGAUACGAAAUACUAAGGUGUAGGAAACCGAGUGAACGAUGUGCAAAAUAGUAUGCAAAAAACUGUAGAAUUAUGUUUUGUUUGAGAUGUAAAUAUGCGCUUGUUCGUUGUUAAUUUUAUGAUAUUUUUUUUUAAUUUCUUUUUCGAUGGCUAUUUAAUAUCCCCUCUGUAUGUUUGAAUACAUGAUGAUAACGUGGUCGAUUAAUGCUGGUCUCGUGACGUCGAUUUUGAGAUGUAUAUUUUUCUUAAGUCCUUAUCGUUACAAUCUUAUACCCCUAGUAAGUUGCUGUCUAGCCAAUACUCUAUUUCCUCAAUUAUUGUUUUCUCCAUCGGUGACUCCCGUUAGUUUUUUCCCCCUAAUUUUAUUCAACACAGAGAUAUUGCGUGACAACAAUAUGACACUCACGAUUUUCGAUUCCCUAGAUUUUUUUUUUUUUUUUU